AUGGUUGACCUGUUCAGUACCGUCACAGUGCUUAUCUGUCUGAAGAUGUUCUCUACAUAUUGUUUGCAUCAGGGAUUGGCGUUCUCCUUGGAUCUGUAUCAACUACUACCAUAUCAUACCGAACUUCAUCCUAGUUUUGCCUUCGUUCUUUCAUCUUUACCACAUAUGUAUCUCGACACAGUUUUGCAUGUAUUUGUUAAGUUUUGCGGAGUUAGUCUGGGACGCGGGUCUUCGGAGCCUCCUCGAGCUCGCUUCCGUCCGGAGACUGUUACAUAUAAGGAUAGUCAGCACCGUUCUGUUAUAAGAUGA